UGGGUUGUGCAAUGAGUGCGAUGUCCUCACCUUGCCUUCCGCGCCUCCCCUCCCCGCUGUGUGUUGGUGUGCACGCCGGAGCCGGGCCCUCCCAUGAAACAUGACGACGAGGUAACAUCCCCAAUGCAAAGGAGGCGAGCUUGUUAUUGCUGAUGAGCAGCCCCGGCUCUGGCAGGCGGUACCACGUCCUGCUACCGACACCGCUCCAUCCUUUGUUACCCUGGACCGGCCUGACACCAUGAUCAACGUAACCACCACCGACAGGGCUGUUGACUUCAUGGACAUCUGUGAGUCGAUCCUGGAAAGGAAGAGACAUGACAGCGAACGUUCCUCCUGCAGCACACUGGAGCAGAAUGACUUUGAGGCGGUGGAAGCUCUGGUGUGUAUGAGCUCCUGGGGUCAGCGAUCUCACAAAGGGGAAGUGCUGAAGAUGAGGCCACUGACUCCAGCUUCUGACUCCUCUGAUUGCCUACUACAAUUCGAGUCGUCCUCGUCCAUAUCGAAAGAUUUCCACUCUCUGGCCACCCUGUGCAUGACUCCGCCACACAGUCCAGAAUUUACUGAGCCUUGUACAACACUCCCUCCUGCCUGCCAAGUGACCUAUUCCAAGCCAGUGACUGUCAUGUCCAGCAGUUCUCAUUGUUCUGUUUCGUCUUCUAAUGCGUCCAAGCCUUUUACUCCAGCAGUCCACAGCUUGUCCUCGCAGAGCUGUGAGACGUCAGAAAGGUCACAGCCCUGCAGGGCAAUGGUCACAAGUGUCAUACGUCACACAGCUGACACAUCUGCCUUCCACCACCUCCCCCAAUCCCUACCUAAAGCACCAACAGCCGGAUCCUCCCGAAACUGUGAUGUCAAACAUUCCAAGCUCACCAAAGAGACUCCUGUCCAAGAGGACCUGUCCAGAAGCAACUCCCCUAUGUACCUUCCACAGACUGAAAUUCCCUGUGCAAAUGUAAACACUGGGAGACCACAAACUGCCAGUGUACAGACACAGGAGCCAGUGAAAUGUGAAAAUGAACACUCAAACGAGACCAAUCCGUUGCUUUCCGUUCCGGCUUCUAGUUCCCCUGUUCUCUGCCAGAUGAUUCCAGUAAACGGGCAACCUGGUGUUAUCUCCGCUUUUAUUAAGCCACCUUCUCAACCCAUGUGCAAUACCAUUAAACCCAUUUUGCCCCAAACCACCUCCCUUUCACAGCAAGUUCUUAUGGGCACACCAAUGUCUCCAGGGACUGUUAUGUUCGUCCUCCCUCAAGCAUCUGUCACCCAGCCAUCUCAUCAGUGUCCACAGACUCUAAUGACAGUCGGAAACACAAAGCUAUUGCCUCUUGCUCCAGCUCCUGUAUUUAUUACUUCUGGGCAGACUAGCCCCCCACAAAUGGACUUUUCCCGAAGGCGCAACUACGUCUGCAAUUUCACUGGGUGCAGGAAGACCUACUUCAAAAGCUCCCACCUCAAAGCACACCUUCGAACCCACACAGGAGAAAAACCUUUCAGCUGUAACUGGGAGGGAUGUGAUAAAAAGUUUGCCAGAUCAGACGAACUGUCUCGGCACCGCAGAACCCACACGGGCGAGAAGAAAUUUGCCUGUCCUUUGUGCGACCGACGAUUCAUGCGCAGCGAUCACCUGACCAAGCACGCCCGACGACACAUGACCACAAAAAAAGUUCCCUCCUGGCAGGCAGAGGUUGGAAAGCUAAACAGAAUAACGACGUCCGAGCAGACAAUAAACCCGGGACCGUCUUUAAGUAUGCUGGUGUCCAUGUCCCCCCCAGUAUAAGAGUGACUGAUCAAAUACGUUGAAAUCAAAUGAAGCCUUUUUGAUUCCCGCACUGAAUCACCCAGAGACCUAAAACACAAAAACUCACAGUGCUUAUCUUUGUUACGUCGUCUUGGGCUGUGUCCAGUUUUAUGAUAUUGAUUUGUACCCUUUAUGAGUGAUAUAAAUAUAUUAUAUAAAUAUAUAUGAAUCUUACCUACCAGCAUUUUUACACAAGAAAAUAAAAAAAACUAUUGUAUUGGCAAUAA